GCCCACAGCGGCCCUCAGGCGGCGGUGGCGGCGGCGCCGCCGGGAGCGUCGCGGCGUGGCCCUCCGGGGGCCGCACCGGGCGGCCGGAGUCGGUGGCGGGAUGUGCUCAGCCGGGGAGCUGCUGCGGGGCGGCGGCGGCGGCGGGGAGCGCGACGAGGACGGGGACGCGCUGGCGGAGCGGGCGGCGGCGGGGACGGAGCGGGAGCCCGGGGCGAGCCCGCGGCGGCGGCGGCGGCGGCAGGAGGAAAGUGAGCAGGAUGUUGAAGAAUCACAAAACCACACUGGUGAGCCUGUUGGAGAUGACUACAAAAAGAUGGGAACACUUUUUGGCGAACUAAACAAAAGUCUCAUCAACAUGGGCUUCACACGGAUGUAUUUUGGAGAACGAAUUGUGGAACCAGUAGUAGUCAUUUUCUUUUGGGUUAUGCUGUGGUUCCUUGGCCUACAAGCCCUUGGACUGGUUGCUGUCCUCUGUCUUGUCAUUAUUUAUGUACAACAGUAAACAUGGCUGAAUGAGCUGUCGUUUCACAAUUGGUAGCCAUAUAUGUAAUUGAAGAAGUUAUGUAUUUCACUAUUUGACAACCAAAAAAGUUUGCCUUGUUUCAAAUUAUACUAGCUGUUUGUAAUUAAAUUUAUAUGUGGAUGUUGUUUAAAACUAAACUCAACUCUUGAUUAUAACAGGAUUGAAUAUAUGUAUUUUGAAUAUACAUUAGCUUAUUCAAAACUCUUCUUUCACUACUGUGAUCUCUGUCCCCUUUAGAUAUCUUUAUCUCCCUGCCAAAUCUUAAAUAACACCACCAAAAAGUGAGCAGGGAAAAUAACAGGAUAUGGAAUUCAAAUCAAGCAAUAGAAUUCUUGUAAAAAGUUCCGGUAAAAUGUUUUUGAAGAAAAAGAAUGAAACAAGUUAAAAAUAAGUUUUAAUUGGAAAACGGCUCCCCAAGUACCCCCACCAAAUAAUCUCAUAUUAUUUGGGCAAUACCUGGAUUUCUAUUGUCCCUGCUCAGCCCAAACCAAGGUAAAUGAUAAUUAGCAUACACUACCUUAAUAUUGUAGUAAAAAUCAGUAAAGCUAGCUCGUUUUCUAAAAGUUGAAAAGAUAUAUUUAUUAUUGUCAGGGAAAGUUUCCAGGUUAAAUAUAACUUUUUUAUAAUGUAACACUGGGGCCUGGAACUACUUCAGUAUAUCAUUUGAAGUUUUAGACAAUUUUGGUGCUAAUUACUUUUUGUGAGUUUUUUAAGUCUCCUAAGCCUAGUUGAUUGCACCCUAUGGUAAUGCUAUAUUUUGUUUCUGACAAGUUAUGUAUUUUUUUCCUAGAGAGACAUUUUCAGUGUAACUUUUUUUCAGAAAUUUAUAAUUUUGUACUUUUUAAUAACAAUUAUUCUGAGAUUUGAAACAAUGUAUUUCCUAUCUUGGCAUGGAUAUUUUUCUGCAAAAAAAUUAUUUAUACUUUACUGUUGUUUUCAGAAAAAAAAUCAGAUCAGUUUUCUUUGAUAUCUAUAUUGGGAAGUACAAUAUUACAGUAUAAAACCGAACAUUUAAAUUUGGAACUUAACAGCCAAUCGUAAUAAUAAUCUUCUAAGGCUAAAGCAAACUCAGUAGUUGGCUAACCAUGUUAUUAAUGUAUCUUAAUUCAGCACUUUGAGGUUUUAUAUUGAAAUAAGCAUUUCCUUAAAUAUACUUUGAAAGCAGAAAAUGGCUUUAGUGAUAUUUUGGGUUUUAUGGGAGCACCUAAAAUCUUUACAAUUUUGUCUCAAAGACUGUAUAAACAAAGGACAGGUAGUUAAGAUAAAUAAGAAAUUAAAUACAAGAAAAAUGGGGCAGUGUGGCAUUUUUAUCUUUGGUAGGGCAAUAGUUAAAGCAUGUAGAGUGCUUACUACCCCACUUCAUAAAGUUUUUACCUAAUCCUAUUUUUAAAAUUUAUUCUCUGAGUUCUCAGUGUCUUCCCAUUCUGAAGCAGAAAAUAAUGAGAAACAUUUAACUUAGAUUUCUAAAACCAGAAAAUCUUAAAUAGAAAUAUCAGUCAGGGGGGUACCAAUAAAUAUUGUGUAUUUGUAUAAAUACAGGCCUUUUAAAAUUUGACUUUUUAAAAACAAAAGAAUUUGUACCAUAUCAUUGUGUUUUUAUUGGGUUUGCAAUAUUUUUAUAGUAACUUUUAUGAACUCAGUAUAUGUGUAAGUUGUUUGAAAAGGUGUUUUCAUUUGUGCACAGUAGAAUUGUGCGGUUUUCAGAAGUCAUGAGAUUUUGUAUAUCUGCAUAAAAUAUUAACAAAUAUAUUCUUUUCUAAUGCUACCAGGAAUUUUAAUUUUCCUUUGGAAUGCUAACAAAGAUAGAGUGUACAAAAUAACAGCUCUGGUUCCACCAGUGCCUAAUGUUGAAAAUAUUUUAAAAGUAAAUUUUAAUAGUAAUUAUUUAAUAUACUGUUGAUACUAUGCAUCUGCACACUGCUGUUAAUAGGGCGUAUAUUAAAUUAUAUAAAGAAAUA